AUGCUCGCUGCCUUCACCUUCGCCGCGGCGCUGCUGCACACCAGCGGGACGGCGCGGGUCGCUCGCUGCUGCCCCCCCGCCGCCGCCGUGCUCCCGGCAACCGAAUACAUGCUCCGGCAGCUGCAGCCAGCGCAGUCCAUCGGUCUGCUGGCGGCCUGGGAGAAGGCGUCCCGCGACCUGCGCGCUGCUGGCUUUCGCGGGCCGCAGGACGAGGCGAUCGGCGAGCGAGCGCUCAAGCUGAAGCAGCUGGCCGAGACGCUACCGCGCGUCAAGUCGACGGCGAUGAUCCUCGGGCUGUGUGAGAAGGGCUCGCUUUCGUUUGAGACGCUGGAGGAGCCGCACAAGUCGCAGGCUGAGACGCUCUCGCGCACAUCCCUCCGAGGCGAGCCGCCGUGGGGCUCCCCUCGCGGACACCCUCACCUGGCCUUCGGCAUUGCGCACCGUGCUGGGGGCUCCGCAAUCUCCGCCGGCCGCGGCUCCGCAAUCGCCUUCGUCUCGCAGUGGGAGGACCACGUCUCGAUCGACGCGGUUGUUGUCAACCCGCAGUACCUCGAGUUUGGAGAGGCGGGGGAGGCAGUGUUGCUCGCUGACAUUGCGCAGCGCGCGCGUGCCGCGGGCGUGGCCGACGGGAGGUUGCACCCCGCCUACCAGGCGGAGGGAGCUGCUUUUUACGAGGGGUGCGGCUUCGUCGCCGCGGCGGGCGGCGCAGAGGGAGCGCCGCUGCGGUUCGCCAGCGGAUCUGAGGCGCCAGAGUUGGCGGCGGCGGAGCCGGCGGCGGCGGCUGAGGCAGUGGCGGCGGAGCCGGCGGCGGCAACGGGACCAGCUGGGGCGGAGGCUGGGGCGGCGAGAGAAGGGGCGGCGGAGAAGCAAGGCUCCACCGACUCUACCUCCGAUCCAAGGGCCUAG